CCUAAACUUCCCGAUACACCUAACUUAUGUUUUUUCUGGUCCUUAAACAAUCUAUUUGCAGAACCACAUUCUUUCUCGUCAUCUCCCUAUAUACAGUAAACAAGCGAAAAAUAGAAGAGAAACACACCUUCUUAAACUUAGAGAAUUCGCUCAGGAUGUCGUAAUGCUGCUGCAUCAGGCAUGUGCGCGUUGCAUGAAAUAGAAGCAGCUCCACAUUUUUUGUGACGUGAAUAAAAUUCCAAGAGCGGCAAAAGCUGUAGUCGACCCAGCAACCCAUAGCAAAAAAAAAAUGUUGCUGGGGGUGGAAGAAUAAUUCAAGUACAACACUGGCUUUUUUGCAUAAACAUGUCGACUUCGGUUCCGAUUCCAGCAGAGGCUCCACUUCACGUUGAUGCACUCCGUAUUCUCGGCACCUCCAUUACCCGCGAAUCGUUCUUGAACAGUGUAGUCAAAGACGUGUUUAACGCGCAAACCUCCGGCGAUGUCUUGGCCAGUGUGAAAGAAGCUGCAGCCAAGUUGCAGCGACACGAUAUAUUUGAAGAAAUAAAGGUGUACAUGGACUCGUCGCGUCCCAAUGCGGAUUCCGUUCAUGUUACGUUCGACCUGAAGGAAAAGUCCAAGGGUGUUUAUCAGACUACUUUGGCCGUAGGCGAAAACGAAGCAAACAUGACGGGCGCUGUGACGAUCAGAAACAUUUUCGGUGGUGCAGAGACGGCAACUACUCGAUUCGCCUUUGGUAACCGUACAAAGGCUGCUGUUGAGAUAGUUGCUGGGACACCUCUUCAAGGAUCGCCUGACGUCAAGCUCGAGGCGUUCGCCAACGGCUCGAUCCGCGAUUAUUCUAUGAUCAACAACUAUGAGGAGCGUGCAAAUAGUGUUGGUGCCCGUGUCAAGGGCACUUCUUGCUAUGGCAACCAUCAAGUCGCGUACGCCAUGACACGCCGUGACAUUACCGCUCAACCUAAAUCGUCUGGAACUGUCCGUGCCAACUCUGGCGAGAAUCUCAAGUCAGCCUUGACCCAUACGUUUGUUAGCGACACACGUGAUCACGUCACCAUGCCGACCAAGGGCAAGUACUUGGCUGUCACCCAAGAAAUCGCUGGUAUGGGACAACGCGGCGACGCAAACUAUUUCAAGAACGAAUUAGCUGCUCAAGUGCAUCAGCCUGUGAUGGGCGAUAUCGUCUUGAGCACCGGCGUCAAGUUUGGAUUGUUGAUGCCUACUACGGAUAACGAGCGCGUCAAUGUCUCUGAUAGAUUCUAUGUGGGUGGUCCACUUUCUGUACGAGGCUUUAAGAUGGGUGGUAUUGGUCCACGUGAUGGCAAUGAUGCACUUGGUGGAAAUGUCUACUAUGCUGCUGGUGCUAGCUUGACCGCACCGAUUCCUGGUGCUGCCCAUCUUCCUGUCAGAGCACACGCAUUCUUCAACGCUGGCAACAUUGCUAGUAAAGCAAAGGACGCACCAUUGAAGGGCACGCUUGAAGAACUUAUCAACGAGUCGCGGACAGCAGCUGGUUUUGGUCUUAUCUUCCAUCACGAACUGGCUAGAGUGGAGGCGAACUUUUGUAUACCUUUACGAUUCAAGGGCUCUGAUCUGCCAAAGCAUGGUUUCCAGCUUGGUUUGGGCAUCAACUUUUUGUAGAGCCUGUAAUAAACUUGUUUGGAUUUGUUCUUUUAGAGAUGCUA